GACACCGGCUAGUCACAUGACAGUCAUGUGAUGUGAUAGGCUAGAGACAUCAAAAAGUAAACGUUUGGGAGGUAACUAUGAGAUGACAAUCAGCUAAUACUAUUUGGGUUAUGAAACAAAGAAUCUGGUCAUUUUUAUAGCAUUGAAUGACAUUGUUGAUAAGGGAUGAGUGGAGAACGGGAGCCUCUACUGAGGCAUGCUGGGACAUCGGGGAGGUCGAGAGGUUAUAGGUCAGCGAUGUCACCAAUCGAAAGAAAUGGUGAUGAUAUAGAGUUUACUGAAAUUUCAGUCCCUGAACGAUUCAACAUGAAGCAAUACGUAAAAAAAUGUUGUACGUUGGAAGCCGUUAAAGGCAAAUUACCAAUUACAAAAUGGUUACCUAAAUACUCACUUACAGACUUGCAGUGUGAUGUUAUCAGUGGACUUACAGUAGCACUGACAGUGUUACCUCAAGGUCUGGCUUAUGCCAUUAUUGCCGACUUACCUCAGCAGUAUGGGUUGUAUUCUGCCUUCAUGGGUGUGUUUGUGUACACAAUACUGGGUACUUCAAAAGACAUUACGCUUGGACCAACUGCUAUCAUGUCCCUGAUGACAGCAGCUUUUGCUUCCUCUCCUGUGAAAGAUGAUCCUACAUAUGCUGUGGUGUUGUGUUUAUUUUGUGGUUCUGUACAGUUACUGAUGGGAAUACUUCAUCUAGGUAUUUUGGUAAAUUUUAUUUCCUAUCCUGUGAUCAAUGCAUUUACAUCUGCUGCUGCUAUAACUAUUGCAUGUGGUCAGGUGAAAGGCAUUCUGGGAUUGAAGGAUAUCCCUAGAGAAUUCCUGCAUAUGGUGUAUGAAACAUGUAAAAAGAUACCAGAAACCAGGGUAUGGGAUUUGACCAUGGGACUUAUAUGUUUAAUCAUCCUAUUCCUACUGAAGCAAAUGAGAAAGAAGAAGUGGAAGCCUAAUCCACACAAUGUACCAUUAACUUUAUGUCAGAAGAUAAUCAGAAAAAUUGUCUGGCUUGUUGGUAUAGGAGCAAAUGCUAUAGUUGUGAUAACAUCAGCUGGUGUUGUGGCGAUACUGCACUAUUAUGGCUACACUUCAGAGAUAACCACAACUGGUUAUGUCAAACCUGGCUUACCUCCCUUUAAGUUCCCAUCUUUCAGUGUACAGAAUGGAAAUUCAACAAUUGGAGGGGGAGAUAUAAUAAGUGAUAUUGGUACAGGUCUGUUUAUUGUUCCAAUCCUUGGUUUAGUAGAGUCCAUUGCUAUUGGAAAAGCUUUUGCACGUCAGAAUAACUACCGUAUUGAUCCAAAUCAAGAACUUCUGGCCAUUGGUGUUGCAAACGUUGCAAGUUCCUUUGUGUCUGCAUAUCCAGUGACAGGCAGCUUUUCAAGAACUGCUGUCAAUUCACAAAGUGGUGUAAGAACUCCUAUGUCUGGUGUGUUCACUGGAGGUGUGAUCCUGUUAUCGUUGGCUUUCCUCACCCCGCUCUUUAAGUUCAUACCGAAGUCGGCCCUGUCAGCCGUCAUUAUAUCAGCUGUUAUACAGAUGGUAGAUUACGAAAUCCUCCCAAAGUUCUGGAAUAUUCAGAAAAUGUCAUUGAUUCCAUGGGUUAUAACAUUCCUGACAUCAUUUGGUUUAGGAAUAGAGUAUGGAAUUCUGAUUGGAAUAGGUGUACAACUUCUAUUACUGCUUUAUCCUGUUGCCAGACCAAAAAUUACAUUCAGGAAAUACUUCAGUGAUAAAAGAGAUCAACCAGGUCUACUCAAUAGAAAUGUACAGGUGGAUUAUUUGGAUUAUGUUGUAGUCACAUUCAACCAGGCAAUCAGAUUCCCCUCAGUAGAAUAUCUUCAGACAAGAAUACUUAAACACAUGUAUUCAGAGGAUGAAAAGCCAAGAUCAGUUAUAUUGGACUGUAACCACCUUGCUUCAGGUUUGGACUACACCACUAUCAUGGGUUUGAUAGAAGUGAUUGCAGAUUUCAAAAAGAAGGGUGUACAUUUUUCAAUGGCUAGUGUGCAUCCUGAGAUCAAGAAAGAGUUAGAUCAUGCAAAUGUUGUUGUUAUAUAUGGAGAUAGUGUGGCAGAUUCCAUCAGGAGAAUAAAAGAGAAAGAGAAGGCAGGAGAGAUGGAUGAUGAGAUUGAGUCUAUUACUGUAACCAACGGCAAGUUCCAGGCAAACGCAAUAAAUGGCACACCUAUUCCUAACGUACCUGAAGUGAAUUAUGGGUAUUCCAAGGGACCAAAUGAGGGAGACAGUGAUAGUGACAGUGAGGACGGUGUACGUUUGUAGAAGAGAAACAUUGUUAAUGUUGAAACAUUGUUAAUGUUGAACAAUCAUUGUUAAAAUGGCUUAUACCUGACUUUACAUCUUUACCCUGUUAGAUUUUUGUAUUGUCCACUUUUGAGUUAAGAACUGUCAACUGUCAGUUUAUGAUUAUAUAGUGAAUAACUGUAAAAGGAGGGCAUAGGUCCCAUAAUAGAGUGUGACCAUACAGCAUGGAUGUACAGGUAGAUCUGUGUCUCUAUUUUUGUAUUAUAUGCACUAUCGUUCACAAUUAAUCCUUGCCAAACUAAAUACCUUAGAUGGACUUAUCCAUCUUUUAAUUUUGAACGAGACCAUUCAUUAUUUUUAGGGGAAAUUUCAAAAUAAGUAUUUGCUGAAAAGUGCAGACCAUGAUCAGGCAGCUGAGAUGUGCAGACUGUGGCUGAUUAUGGUCUGCACUGGUCACUAGGGUUUAAUCUAUUGCUGCUAGCAGACUACAUGUUAAUAGACAUUCAGUGGUAUUGUUUUUUAAACAGGGUUUUAGAGAUUUCACAAAUGACCUAACUAGAAGAAUUAUGGGACAUCUUAAAUUGUGAUAGAUCUCAAUUUUUGGGUGUUUUUUUCCAUUGGUAUUGGUAGAUUAAAUAGUGCCUGUUUAUGUUUGUUUUAUGUUAAAGAUAAGUUGGAUUAUUGGUUGACCAAAACUAAUGUACUCCGUCAUGUUCUACCAAAUGAUAAUUUCACUAGACUUUUAAACAAAAGCUUGGGGUUUUUAUCUACAUUGUAAAUCUUUCGCUAGAUUACAUACUAUAAAACCAUUGCAAAUAAAUUUUUGGUUAUUAGAAAUUUUCAGAUUUUUUGUUUGCAAUAUUUUUCAAGUAUGUUUUCAUUAAAUAUGAUAAUUCUAUUUUGAUUAAUUAUAGUAAAUUGCUAUAUUUUCUUUUUUCUGUUGUUUAAUUUAGUAUAAAAUUAAUGUGUUACCUACUUACAUUACAUGAUUAAGAGUAUUCUUUUAUUUUGUAAUUUAAAAUCAAUUUAAACACACUUAUGUCAAGGAAUAAGUUUUAAGAAUUAAGUGCAGAUAGUACUGUAAUAUUUAUUUAUAUAGAGAUCUAUAAAUAAUGUAAAUAUGUAUGUCUGUUCUGAGUGGAGGCAGGUACUUCAUUUCUAGAGUCCUAUUUUAAGAUAUUUUGGAUUGGUUUAUGUGAAAGAAACUGCAGUUGAAUGAUCAAGUACAUGUAGAAUAUUUGAAUAAAGGUGGUGCCAAUUAGUUGGAAAAUUAAUAAUUUUAAUAGUCAUUUUACCUGCACCUCAUUAAAUAUUUUAAAUGGACCAGUUCAUUUAUUAUUUUUUGCGAAAAUUUCAAAAUAUGUACAGACAGAAUAGCAAAAAUUGAACACCAUGAUCUUAUGACACAGACAUGCCAGCUGAUCUUGGUCUGAACUAGUCACAUGGUUUGGUCUGAACUAGUCACAUGGUCAGUUACUGCCAGCAGCCACCUAAAGGUAAAGAAAAAGAGGGAGGGGAUCAUUAUGUUUUGAUGUAAUUAUUCAACUGUGUGACAUAUUGAUAGAAACAGUGCCUAGAAUAUAGAAAACACAGGGGGUUUUAUGUUUGGUCCUACUUAAAAUAUAUCUUGUUUACAUAUGCCACAGAAAGUUAGUGUUAAUGGUGAAACAUAGGUUGAAAAUGUUGUUCUAAGGUUUUAAUUUUGCACUCAAAUUGUUUUUUACCAUUAUUGGAUUAUUGAUUUUUAAAAAGUCAUUUAAAAAAUUGUGUUUUAAAAGCAGAUUUGAACAUAAUUUUUCUUACUGCUUGUAGUAUACAUAUUACGCUAUCAUCCAAGGAAAUUCCCGCUAUCAUCCAAGGAAAUGCCAACUGAAUUUUAGUUAUUUAGAAUUUGACCCGAAUCAUGAAUAGAUAUAAAAAAAAUGUUCAGAACGUUUGUAUCAUUUAACCUCUUUCCCUGCUGAAUUUAUAUACUAGUAUUGUCCUCCUUUUGGUUUUUGUAGUUUAGUAUUAGUAGGAACUAAGAAGAGGUAUAGAUAUUCCAAAGUUUUAAACAAUACAAUAUCAAUGUGGAGAAACUAGAUCAGGGCCUGUUCUGACUGCAGAGCAUGGUUUGACUAUUGAUGUACAGGCUUCUCUACCAUCAUGCCAUCACAAACCUGUCAAUGUCCCUGUUAGUGUUUAGAGACUUGUGAGUAAUCUUAAUGUACAUUCAAACAGGUAUUUUAUAUAAAAAGAAGUAAUUUUAAACGAACAAUUGUGAAAAUAAAAAAAAAAAGUGACUAACUUCUUUAUCCAUGUCAUGACCUUAGAAUAGCUUCAGCUGAAAUUAUCACUAAGUUAUCUCCGUACAGAAUUUGCAUUAAUGCAAUGUAGUGUUCAAGUAAAAUGGUUACAAAAAAUAACAGUCCCUAGUCACAGCCAACUGAUUGCCAAAAUAUUUCUUCUUCUGUUAUGUUAAUCGACAUAGUGUUUUUUUUCAAUGCAGGUCCUUGAGACUGAUUUGAUUGUAAUUUAUGUAGAUUUAUGAAACCAAAGGUUAUUUGUUUUGUAUAUAGAAAUGUAAGUUAUAUUCUGUGUGAUGUAUAUGUUAUACAUUUUACACCAAAUUAUUUAUAGACUGCUUAAUAAAAGGUGUCAGUAGAUUUCUAUGGGACAAAUUAGUAUGACUAUCCCAUAAAAAGUUGCAAUAUAGCUUCAAUUGUUUAAAAAUGACUUUAAACUCAACGAAUGGAAGAAAUUCUUUCGAGAAUAUUUUUAGAUUGAAUAUAUGAAAUUUUAAAACCCUUUUAUUGUACACCAUACACCAAAGUAUAUUAUAUUUAUUUUUUUUCUUUAGAAAUAUGUCUCUUUUUGUACACCAUGUUGUAAGGUUUAUGUUGUCAGAAAUGUUUGUAAAUUGAACUGUGAUAUUUAUAGGAUCGAGUGACUGUUGUCAGGUGUUGUUGUAAAAAUUCAAUUGGUACACACAAUGAUCAAAAAUAUAUCCUAACUAUAAUUUGAGCCGCGUCACGACAAAACCAACAUAGUGGGUUUGCGACCAGCAUGGAUCCAGACCAGCCUGGGCAUCCCCGCAGUCUGACCAGAAUCCAUGCUGUUCGCUAUCAGUUUCUCUACUUGUAAUAGAGUUGUUAAGCGAACAGCAUGGAUCCUGAUCAGACUGCCCGGAUGCGCAGGCUGGUCUGGAUCCAUGCUGGUCACAAACGCAUUAUGUUGGUUUUAUCGUGACGUGGCUCAUUUGAUCAAAUGUGAUUGUGUUAUGUUUUAAUUUCACAACUAAUGAAAAACAAAGUGAAGAUUUUAUUUUUAUAGUUAUGUUUAUAAUAUGUACGUAUAUACAUAUAUUUGUGAUUAUGCAGACAAAUUGAUAUUUUGAUGUAAUAUAUGCAUUAACUUAUACUGAAAUAAAACUAUUUUAGUAUUUAA